AUGGAGCCUAACUUUGAACCACGCAUUCAACGCCCACCCUGUCCACCCAAUGUGAAAUCUCCGUUAGAUGUGUUGCGAGAGUGGGAUGCUGUUUACGUUACUGAGAUCAAACGGUGUGGUGAGGUGCUCCAGUGGCACAGAUGUCGCCCUGUCUGUCAUAAAUAUGGUAAUGACGAUCGCUGUCAGUUCUUGUUUCCACACAAGAUUCUGGAAGCUUCUUCGUUUGAUCCUGAGACCAAUUCCAUUGUACUUAUGUGCCGUGAUGCAAAUGUUAACUACUUCAAUCCAUAUAUUUUGGUUUUUUGUAGACACAAUCAUAACAUCAAGUAUAUCUUAUCUGGCAGAGGUGCGAAAGCUGCUAUGUUCCAUAUCUCGGACUACAUUACGAAGAUAGACGUGAAAACAUAUGAGGUUUUGUCUCUACUC